GCUCGCAAGCAUGCAAAGGUACCUGGCAGCAGGCGAUCACUUCGCAGCGAGCUGCUUCAGAGAUUAGCCUACCCACAUGCUACAGAUGAAGCCAUCCCACUCCAGAGCAGGGAGGCCUUGCUUCACGUCGUGUGGGCUUUGAUACAAGACUACCUUGGGGAGCCCCCGAAGAUGCAGGUUGUGACCUACGAAGUUGAUCCGUUCACCUGCAACCACACGGUGAAGCUUUGGGAUCCUCGCUCGGGCAGGGCUGGAACACGCUUCCUGACCGGCCAUACGGACACGGUCCUCACAGUUGCGAUGAAGGGAAACAUCGUCCUUACGGGAUCUUAUGAUUGCACUGCAAGGGCCUGGGAUGCCUCACGAGGCGUCUUGCUCAAGACGAUCCUCUUCGACUGCUCCGUUACUGCAGUGGGCAUUGAGCAGUCCACCAUCAUUUUGGGCGGCAGCAAUGGUAUGGCCGUGCUGGGAAAGAUCACUGGGGAGCAGCCCGUGCUGCCUUACGGUCUUCUGGCAGUAGAGAAGGCCGACUGUGUGCGCCUGGUUGGCCAUUGCAAGGGAAUAAGCUCAGUUCUUCUCCACGGCUGCAUGGCAGUAACAGGAUCCAGUGACUGCACAGCACGAAUCUGGAACACGGCUACCGGGCGUGUGAAGCACGUCCUCUCUGGACACAAACGUCGAGUUGCCUCCGUGUCCAUGCACCGGAACUUGCAGCUUUUGGCGACUGGGUCUAUGGACGGCACUGCACGGCUGUGGAAUUCUGAGUCCGGCAUGCUCCUCGAUGUAAUCAGCUUCGCAACUCUGCCAGCUUCAGGCGUAUUUUCAUGCUUUUUGACAUCGGACCCUGUGGUGUCCUUGGCCAUCGCCGGGGAUUUUGUCGCUAUGGGUUCAGGCCGUGGCGCCGUGCAGGUCUGGAACCGUCGAACGAAGGAGCUCCAGGUACUUGCGAAAGGCGAAUAUGGACUCCUGGGCUCCAGCGCUGCGGUCGCCGUGCAAAGUCAUGGCUUGGUGGUCGCCGGUUUCAAGGCUGGCCUGGCCAAGGCCUGGAAUGUGAAGGGAGGAAUGUCCCCAUUCCUGCUGACAUCAGGCUUUCAUGCGCACGUUGCAAACCCUUCUUAUGCCUUGAUGUUGUAG